AUGAAAGCAGCUAUUGAUGUCAAUCAAGGAAUCAAUGGUCAAAAAGGUGUUACUAUAAAGAACUAUAAAACCAAUCCACGUCUCACAUAUAAGACGGUGACUGGUGUUAAUGGUCCAUUGGUUAUCCUGGGUGAUGUGAAAUUUCCUCAGUACGCCGAAAUUGUACAACUGACACUCCCUGAUGGAACGAAACGUUCCGGACAGGUUCUUGAAAUCACUCGCAAUAAAGCUGUUGUUCAGGUUUUUGAAGGAACUGCAGGGAUAGAUGCCAAAAAUACAUCAUGUGAAUUCACCGGCGACAUUCUGCGAACACCGGUUUCCGAAGAUAUGCUUGGUCGUGUAUUAAAUGGGUCCGGCAAACCAAUUGAUAAGGGCCCACCAGUUUUGGCAGAGGAUUUCCUCGAUAUCAAUGGUCAGCCAAUCAAUCCAAGAUGCAGGAUAUAUCCAGAAGAGAUGAUUCAGACAGGAAUUUCUGCAAUCGAUGUGAUGAAUUCCAUUGCUCGUGGUCAGAAAAUACCUAUUUUUUCUGCUGCCGGUCUUCCACAUAACGAAAUUGCCGCACAAAUUGUACGCCAGGGUGGACUUGUUAAAUUGCAUGAUAAACAUUAUGAUGCAAAGGAUGAUAACUUUGCUAUCGUUUUUGCGGCUAUGGGUGUUAACAUGGAAACCGCACGGUUUUUCAAGCAGGAUUUCGAAGAGAAUGGUUCCAUGGAGAAUGUUUGCCUGUUUUUGAAUCUUGCUAAUGAUCCAACCAUCGAACGUAUUAUUACGCCACGACUUGCAUUGACCGUUGCCGAAUUUUUGGCUUAUCAGUGUGAGAAGCACGUACUGGUUGUUCUGACUGAUAUGUCUUCAUAUGCCGAAGCGCUUCGAGAAGUAUCAGCAGCUCGUGAAGAAGUGCCUGGGCGGCGUGGUUUUCCAGGCUACAUGUAUACUGAUUUGGCUGCUAUAUAUGAACGUGCUGGUCGUGUAGAAGGACGCAAUGGCUCGAUUACUCAAAUUCCUAUCUUGUCAAUGCCCAACGAUGACAUAACACAUCCAAUACCUGACUUAACGGGUUAUAUUACCGAAGGACAAAUCUAUGUAGACCGUCAGUUACACAACCGUCAAAUCUAUCCACCGAUCAAUGUACUACCAUCGCUGUCACGUCUGAUGAAAUCAGCCAUAGGUGAAGGGAUGACUCGUGAGGAUCAUUCGGAUGUUUCCAAUCAACUAUACGCAUGUUAUGCAAUCGGAAAAGAUGUGCAAGCAAUGAAAGCCGUUGUGGGUGAAGAAGCUUUGUCUUCAGAUGAUCUACUUUAUCUCGAAUUUUUGACGAAGUUCGAGAAAAAUUUCAUAUCGCAGGGUAAUUAUGAAAAUCGAACAGUUUUCGAAUCCUUAGAUAUCGGAUGGCAGUUACUGCGAAUAUUUCCACGUGAAAUGUUAAAACGUAUCCCUGCAUCAACAUUAGACAAGUAUUAUCCAAGAGGAGGAGGUGCAAGGGAUAUCAAAGAGAUGAAAGGGAAGGAAGGAAAAUAA